AUGAUUAGAUCAUCGUCCAACUAUUACUCUAAGGCAUCCCUGCGAUGGGCCAGCACCUUACUUAAAGGGAAAUCAUUAUUGACAAAGAAACCUAAAAAGAAUGUCCAACCAAUUUCACCAGUGAGAACCAGAUUUGCCCCAUCACCAACAGGGUUCUUACACUUAGGUUCGUUAAGAACAGCAUUGUAUAAUUAUCUUUUAGCAAAAAAUACAGGUGGGCAAUUCUUACUUAGAUUAGAAGACACUGAUCGAAAAAGACUAGUAAAGGAUGCUGAAGAGAAUAUCUAUGAAUCACUAAAGUGGUGCGGUAUAGAUUAUGAUGAAGGUCCAAAUUCUCAAAAUCAACAAUUUGGUCCAUAUAGACAAAGUGACCGUACUAAGAUUUAUCAGAAAUAUAUCGAUAAAUUGCUUGAUAAUGGACAUGCAUAUAGGUGUUUUUGUCCAAAAGAAAGGCUAGAUAGUUUAAGAGAUUCGGCUCAGAAAUUACAACCUCCGACCACUGUAAGUUAUGACAGAAAUUGCCUUCAUUUAAAUCAUGAUGAGAUUCAAAAUAACAUAAAUAACGGUGUGUCCUACACAGUACGAAUGAAGUCACCUGAAAUAUAUCCACCUUUUGAUGACCUUCUUCAUGGUCAUAUUAAUAUCCAACCUCAGAUUAAUUCAAAUGAUAGAAGAUAUGAUGACCCUAUCUUAAUGAAAUCAGAUAAUUUGCCAACAUAUCAUUUUGCAAAUGUCAUCGAUGAUCAUUUAAUGAAGAUUACACAUGUUAUUAGAGGGGAAGAAUGGUUACCAUCAACACCAAAGCAUAUAGCCUUGUAUGAGGCAUUUGGAUGGGAUUCGCCUAAAUUUGUUCAUCUACCAUUGUUGACAAGUACUAAUGAUCAGAAGUUGAGUAAAAGAAAAGGUGACAGUUCAGUACUAUCUCUAAGAGAUAAAGGAAUUCUUCCAGAAGCGUUGGUCAAUUUCUCUGUUUUGUUUGGUUGGUCUCCGCCUAGAGAAAUGUCAGAAAUGAAUCAUGAAUGUUUUACUUUAUCAGAAUUUGAGAAGUUAUUCAAUCUUAAUUAUCUGACUAAAGGUAAUGCCAAGGUUGAUGACAAGAAAUUGUGGUUUUUCAAUAAGCACUAUCUACAACUUCGCUUACAGAACAAAGAUGAACUGGCCAAAAUAGUUGCACAGGUUACUGAGGAAGCAGAAUCGGAAUUUGGUAAAACAAAUGUUAACGAAGAAAAAAUUCAACAAAUUUUGGUCUUGUGUGGUAAAAGUAUUUCUAAUUUGAAAGACUUCAAUAAAACAUUUUAUUACUUCUUUGAGGAUCCGGUAUAUAACCGCUCAAUAAAUUCAACAACAUUUAUUCAAAAUAGUAAUAAAGAGCUCUGUAUUCAGAUUGUAUCUCGUCUUCAAGGUCAUUUUUCAAAAGAUAGUUUUAAAGAAACAAUGGAUAGUAUUGUAUCAGAACUAGAAGUACCUAAGAAAACUGUGUUUGAAACCAUUAGGUUUGCUCUUUCCGAAUCUCAACCGGGUGCUAAGAUUCCAGAUCUUAUUGAGAUCCUCGGAGAAGAAGAAGUACAUAAAAGAAUUGAUAAUGCACUAGCAUAUCUAAAGACAAUAUAA